UUGAGACCGCCGCUGUCCUCCGCUUCGAGAUCCUCACAAAGACCUCGGAACAGGAUGUUGGCCCACAUGCUCUCGUUCGGCCGCUCGCUGGUGCGGAGGAAGGUGGUGAACAUGGACAGUCUGGAGGACUCCAAGCUGUGCCGCUGCCUGUCCACGCUGGACCUCAUCGCCCUGGGCGUGGGCAGCACCCUGGGGGCGGGGGUCUACGUGCUGGCCGGCGAGGUCGCCAAGGGCAACUCGGGCCCCAGCAUCGUGGUGUCCUUCCUCAUCGCCGCGCUGGCCUCCGUGAUGGCGGGGCUCUGCUACGCCGAGUUCGGCGCCCGUGUGCCCAAGACCGGCUCCGCCUACCUGUACAGCUACGUCACCGUGGGGGAGCUCUGGGCCUUCAUCACCGGCUGGAACCUCAUCCUCUCCUACGUCAUUGGAACCUCCAGCGUGGCCCGAGCGUGGAGCGGGACGUUUGACGAGCUCAUCGGCGAGCACAUCGAGCAUUUCUGCAAAACCUACUUCAGGAUGAGUUCUCCUGGCCUGGCCGAAUACCCAGACUUCUUCGCCGUCUGCCUCAUCUUACUGCUCUCAGGGCUUCUGUCGUUCGGAGUAAAGGAGUCUGCCUGGGUUAAUAAGGUCUUCACCGCCGUCAACGUGCUUGUGCUCAUGUUCGUGAUCAUCUCGGGAUUUGUCAAGGGUGACCCCCUCAACUGGAAGAUCUCCGAAGAAUCUCUCAUCAAUGUCACAAUCGUGACAAGGAAUCUGUCAUUUGCCGAUAAUGUCACCAGCGAUUACGGUGUGGGCGGCUUCAUGCCGUACGGGUUCGGAGGAACGCUGGCUGGAGCGGCCACCUGUUUCUACGCCUUCGUUGGGUUCGACUGCAUCGCAACCACAGGUGAGGAGGUGAAGAACCCGCAGAAGGCCAUCCCUGUGGGCAUCGUGGUGUCCCUGCUGGUCUGCUUCCUGGCCUACUUCGGCGUGUCAGCCGCCCUCACCCUCAUGAUGCCCUACUACCUGCUGGACGCCAAGAGCCCCCUGCCCAUGGCCUUCGAGUAUGUCGGGUGGGGCCCCGCCAAGUACGUGGUGGCAGUGGGGUCGCUGUGCGCCCUGUCGACAAGCCUGCUUGGCUCCAUUUUCCCCAUGCCACGGGUAAUCUAUGCCAUGGCUACGGACGGGGUGCUUUUCAAAGUGUUAGCCCGAAUCAAUCCUAAGACCAAGACCCCUCUAAUUGCCACAAUGACCUCUGGAAUAGUCGCAGCCAUCAUGGCCUUCCUGUUUGACCUCAAAGCCCUGGUGGACAUGAUGUCCAUUGGAACUCUGCUGGCCUACUCCCUGGUGGCCGUGUGCGUUCUCAUUCUUAGGUAUCAGCCAGACUACACCCAGGAGAAGCCCAGGAUCAACGGCGAGACCGACGCCCUGACCUUAGAGGAGCGCGACCGGGAGUGCGAGGCGACCGGGUCGGAUUCGUGUCUGAGCGUGCUGAAGUCCGAGGGGCUAACCCGGCGCUGCGUCUUCUCCUCCUCCAUCCUGCCCACCGAGCAAACCUCCACCGUGGUCAACGCCGCCGUCACCGCCAUAGUGCUGGUGGUCUGUGUGGUUAGCUCACUCACCACGUAUAAAGGACAGGCCAUUCUGGACCUGGAGCCCUGGAUCCUCUGCGUAUUGUUCGUGGCCAUCUUCAUCUUCUUCAUCUGCGUCUUCGUCAUCUGGAGGCAGCCUCAGACACAGAAGAAGGUCUCCUUCAUGGUGCCUUUCCUGCCCUUCCUGCCGAUCCUCAGUAUAUUUGUGAACGUGUACCUCAUGGUCCAGCUGAGCGGGGACACCUGGAUCCGAUUCUCCGUCUGGAUGGCCGUGGGGUUCGUCAUCUAUUUCGGCUACGGCAUGUGGCACAGCGUGGAGCGCCAGCGCCAUCGCCAGCGGCAACGGUAGGCCUCCGUCUGCAGCCCCGCCCGUGAGCAGCCCCAGA